AUGCCUCCGCUGAUUACCGUGACCCUUCUGUGCUUUAUGGCGCACAGUCGCAACUUUUUCCCGGGUAUCCCGUACACGGCCCCGGCGUUCCAGAUAGCCGUGGAACAGGUCAACGCGGCGGGCCGGUUGAAUGUGUCGCUGGUUAUUCUCAGCCGCGCCGAUCUGAUGGUAUGCGAUGAUGUGAUCAAGCAGUGGCAUCUCGUCGCGGAAUUUUAUUAUACGCAUUGGGACGGACGCAGUCUAAUGGUUCUCUUUCUCAGCGGAUGUGAAGAAAAUCCCGAUUUACGGAAUUUAGCACGAGAGUGGGAUAUCUUGCUGAUUGGUUCUUCCUUCAACGGGAAUAAUCCGACCAUCUUCCCUACGGCUGUUUCUUUUACUCCUGGCGAUUCCUACCCCCUGAGCCAAGCCAUGCUAUCGGUGUUUGACCGGUUCGACUGGACGAACAUCGUUAUCAUCCACGAGAACAACACGGUGGCUAAUCCCAUCCAAGCCAUGAUCACCAUCCGCAUGCGGGCGGCGCUCAAGCUGAUGCCGGCCACCCGGGCGCUGCGCUAUAGUUUCUUGUAUUUGCCGGCGGAUAGCACCGAUAAACGGCUGCCGUAUGAAGAGCUGCUAAUGCGCGUUCAACCAAUCAGUCGAGUGGUCGUUCUGAUGUUUCCCGCGAAGAUUGUUCGAAUGUUCAUGAUUGCCGCGCAUCGUCUGGGCAUGGCAAACGGCGAAUAUGUGUACAUUAUGGGUGAGCCCUUCAAGAGCGUGCGACGAUGGGGCACUCUAAUCCCGCGACUGAACGACACGGACGACGCGGUUGCGCAGGAAGCGUUUCCCUCGCUGCUACAGAUCACCAGCAACUGUCAUAACGGCGUUAAUAAUGCCAUGCAGACGGUGAUGCAGGAGAUUCGACAGCGCGGGAUCGACCAGUACGACGCGCUGUACGAUGCCGACGAAGAGCCGAAUCCCAUGACGAUGGCAGCGUAUUUUGCCGUCAAAGCGCUUGCAAAGAUUUUCGUUGAAAAUGAGGACAAUGUGGCAUUUUUGAGAAGCGGACGAAACUUGGCCAGGCAGUUUUACAAUCGGACUUUUGUCUUUCCGGAAAUCUCCAUUUCGGUGGAUAACACCGGCAUUCGCAUUAAUCCAUACUGCAUAAAGACGUACAACGCUUCGGCCGAGACAUUUCAGACAGUUAUGCGACAUUUGGGAACGAAAUUGACUGUCUACCAAAACCGGAGCAUCGACUGGCGCACGCCGGAUAAUCAGCCGCCGUUGAAUGUGCCGGUGUGCGGCUAUCUCGGCGAUUCUGGACCUUGCCUUGAAAAGUUGGUGCAAAAGCGUAAUUUAAUUCUGCUUAUUAUUUUGGCGAUCGGCGGUGGUGUCGGGUUCUUGGUUGCUGGAGUUUGGCUCAUCCGGCGGCAAAGCGCAGAUUCCGGCGAAUGGUGGAUUCUCGACGCGGAUGACCUCAUUACGCACGAAGCGUACACCCUGGCCACAGAAUCCGCCGAGACGCUGGAGCGCCGGCAACGAUUGAUGACGAUGCAAUCCGGUAAACGCGUCGUGCAUUAUUACAAAGGUCACCCGGUCUCGGUGACACAGCGUGCUACCUUACGCGCAUUAAAACCGGAGAAUUUUUUACGGGUGAUUGGGAUCGUGGAACGAGAUCGCGCGGCGUUUUUUGUGAUGGAGUAUGCGCCGCGCGGGACGUUAGCGGUGUUUAUGGAUAAAUCCGCCGUGGAUCCGGAAUUGCGGGUUACACUGAUAUAUGACCUUUUAAAGGGGAUUUCCGUAGUCCACGCUUCCAUUUUCCUACGUCACGGCUAUCUUUCGCCCAGCAUUUGCUGGGUAGAUCGGAAUUUCGUGCUGAAAAUCUCCGAAACCGGUUUCUACGAUAUCAUCCGCAACUGCCUCAAUCACAACGCCGAAAUCCCAGCGGAGACCAUCAGCCGGCACUUCAUCGCUCCGGAAUUACCGACACCAUCGUCUCGCGAUCCGUGGAUGCUGGCGCAACACGCCACGCCCACGUGUGACAUUUACACUGCCGGAUGUAUCAUGGCGUGGAUGAUGGAUAACGAAGCCGGUAGCAAAGACCCGGCGCUGGUCAAUCUGGCUGGAAAGUGUCAAAGUGCCAAUUAUUAUGAGCGACCGCUGAUUCGGGAUGUCAUCGCGGAGUACCGGAGUAUCACGCUGGUGACGGAUGAUAAACUCGUGGAGAAUCUUCUGAGGAAGAUGGAGACGUACAAUGGAAGGCUGGAGCAGGUGGUGCAUGAUCGCACCGUGGAACUGCGACGGGAGCAACUUCUGAGUAUGGAGCUCCUGCAGGAAAUGCUACCAAGGGUAGUGGUCCAGCAACUGGUCCGGGGUAUUCCCGUGUCAGCGGAACUAUUCCACCACACUUCCGUGUCGUUUGCCAUCCUGACUGGCUUCCAAGAGUACUGUGCCACGACGCCGCCAGUCAUCGUGAUCGACGUGCUGAACAUUAUCUUCACGCUGUUUGAUGGGUGCCUGAAAGAGUGUGAUGCGUACAAAGUAGAGACCGUCAGCGACUGUUACAUGGCAGCUAGCGGGCUACCGGUUGCUAACGGCGAUAAGCACGCCGGAGAACUUUGCCGUUUGGCGGUGAAUAUGAACGAAUGCUUUCUGUGUAUCCCGCGGUUGGGACGCGAUGGGAAGCUGCAGCUCAAGAUCGGCAUACAGUCCGGUCCGUGUGCAGCUGGUGUUGUGGGCAACAAACGACCGCGCUACUGUCUGUUCGGUAGCACGGUCAAUACAGCGUCCCGUCUGGCGUACAGUGCCGAGCUACUUCGCAUCCAUCUGGGCCCGGAGACAGCCCGCUUGAUCGCGGAGGAAACCAGUUUCACUGCGGUAUCACGAGGAACUGUUAAUCUUAAGGUACUAUGGACCGCGAAACUGAACGGGGUCAUUAAUACAUGA